AUGCCAUUUAUAGGUCUAACGCCAUUUGUGACACUCUUCCAUUGGGAUCUUCCCCAAACUUUAGAAGACGAAUAUGGUGGUUUCCUAAGCCCUCAUAUUGUCAAUCAUUUUCAAGAUUACGUAGAACUUUGUUAUAAGGAAUUUGGUGAUCGAGUAAAGCAUUGGAGCACACUGAAUGAGCCAUAUACCUUUAGUAACUUUGGUUACGCAAUCGGGUCUCAUGCGCCGGGACGAUGCUCUACUUGGCAGCAACUAAACUGCACCGGGGGAGAUUCAUCUACUGAACCAUAUUUGGUAACACACCACCUGCUCCUUGCACAUGCAGCUGCCAUAAAAUUGUACAAAAAUAAAUAUCAGGCCUCUCAAAAUGGAGUGAUAGGGAUAACACUAGUGUCACAUUGGUUUGAGCCCCUAUCAGAAGAAAAAGAAAAUAAGAAUGCUGCAUUACGAGCUUUGGAUUUUAUGUUCGGAUGGUUUGUUGAGCCAUUGACAAGUGGUGACUAUCCUCAAAGCAUGCGAUCUCUUGUCGGAAGCCGAUUACCAAAAUUCACGAAAGAACAAUCCGAGUUGCUAAUUGGUUCAUUUGAUUUUCUUGGACUAAAUUACUAUGCUGGUUACUAUGCAAGUGAUGCACCUCAAAAUAACUCUGUAUACGCAAGCUACACAACAGAUGCUGGAGUUAAUCUUUCAUCUGAGCGUAACGGGGUCCCCAUCGGUUCAAAGGGUGCUUCGGAAUGGCUAAAUGUUUAUCCACAAGGAAUUCAAGAUCUUUUACUCUACACAAAGAAGAAAUAUCACAAUCCAGUCAUUUACAUUACUGAAAAUGGUGUGGAUGAGUUCAAUGAUCCGAAAUUAUCACUUGCCGAAGCCCUUAAUGAUACCCAUAGAAUUGACUACUACAAUCGCCACCUUCAUUAUGUUCAAAGUUCUAUUCACAAUGGUGUCAAAGUGAAGGGAUUCUUUCCAUGGACGUUGCUAGACAACUUUGAAUGGAGUUCGGGAUACAGUGUUCGAUUUGGUAUUACCUAUGUGGAUUACAACGAUAGGCUUAAAAGACACCCAAAACUGUCGGCGCACUGGUUCAAAAGUUUCCUUAAGCCGUAUUGAAAACUUCAUAUCAUAUACUUCAUUCAAUAUUUGUAUUUAAUUCAACAAUGUGAAUUUUAUGUAUUUACAAUAAUU